GUGUACGGACCGCUGCUGAGGGGGUGUUGCGCGGCCCAUCGCUGUGAGCCGCCGGUGCAUGCCGCGCGGGCGCCGAAGUGCGCGGCGGGAAGAGCGCGAAGUGACAGAGGGGGGCAGGGAAAAGAGAGGUCGAGGGAGGUCGAGGGGAGGGGAGAGGGCAAGAGGGAGAGGAACAGAGCGAGAUGGAAGCUCUUGGAGAUAGCGACGGGGAGGGCGGUGGCUCUUGCUGGUCAUUCACGAGCACGGGAGGGCGGCAGGAAGAACGCAGGGGAAGAAAACUUAUUUCGGCGGGAAGGAGGAGGAGAUGGGGGUCUUGUGCAGUCGGGGUUUAUUCCUUCGCUGCUAUUUCUGCUGUCGUGCUGUUGCUAUCAAAUUGCAGAGUCACUGUCGAAGGACAUGCCGGUUGCAGCUUCCAUAGCCAUGAUGACGACCAUCACCCUCAUUCACAUGAUCAUUCACAUGAUCAUUUACAUGAUCAUUCUCAUGAACAUUCUCAUUACAGUCAUGAGAGCCAUGGUCAUAAUCCCUAUGAUCAUCGUCACGAUUCAUCUUCCGUGGCAGCAGGUGAUGAUAGACAGGAACCGUCGGAUCAUGGUCAUGCGUCGGGGAUUCACAGCAGCAUUUCCCACGACCGUCAAAACCCGUUUCACACGCACGAUUACGCUCACGGCUACCGGUCGUUGGCGCAAUUUCCCGACGAGAUGGAUGAUUACCACGAUGGUGACAGCAAGGGAGAAGAGGACGAUGAUGAUCAUGUGGACGGGGAACUUCAUCCUCGCGGCAUUGGUCUGUGGGUGAGGGCGAUGGCGAGUUCGCUCGCCGUGAGUUUGGCCUCGCUGAUUUGUCUAGCUAUUCUGCCGUUCAUUCUUGCCUGGGGGAAAGGGCCGUCGCAACGGGCUGUCGACUUGCUGGCAGCAUUUGGGGUGGGCGCAAUGCUUGGGGACGCCCUUCUGCAUCAGCUACCUCAUGCGUUUGGGAGUGGUGGGCACUCACAUGCACAUGAGGAUCAUGGGCACGAUCAUGGGCACACCCACUCUCACUCUCAUACACAUGCACACCUGCAUACUCAUCUACAUUCGCAUUCGCCGUCACAUGGACAUAGUGCGGCAGGCGCUCAUGCGCAUUCUCUAGCAGACCUCUCUGUUGGCCUGUCUGUUUUAGUCGGCAUCUUUUUGUUUUUUGUGGUUGAGAAGAUUGUGAGACGCACAGAGGAGCUGGGAAUCUCCUCCUCUCAUGCGCAUGGGCAUCGUCAUAGCCAUAAGCGGAAAGCGCAAGAGCCUGCUGAGCUGGUGGAUGGGAGCACAGAAGCCAAGGAAAGUGGUGCUGUGUCUGACAAAGCACUAGGCGACGAUAAAGGUGAUUCGAAAGGCAACAAGUCUGAUGAGGGUAAUGGGGAAGAAAAAGACAGAAAGGAGGGGAAAGCGCGUAGAAAGAGAAAAGGAAAGAAGGAGGAAGGCAAGGACAGUCAGGAAGCGAGCGAACGAGGUAUAGUUGAGGGGUGUGAGAAUGGCAAUGGCGAUUCAAAUGCAAAGAGCGAACCGGAGAGGGGAGGCAGCAAAGCAGAGAAGAACGAUGACAACAGUGCGUCAGUGGAUACCAGGCCAAUCAAGGAGGACGAUGACGACUCUGGUGUAGCGAAGAAGGCGGACGAGACAACUGUGGAAAAGCAACCUGCUGGUAUUCGGCGAAGACGUAAGAGUGGAAAGACAGGGUCUAAAACUACCGAGGAGAGACUGUCCGGCGGAGAGGUCCCAGACGGAUCCCCUGCCAAGGAAGAUGACUCGGAUGCGAAAGAUGGAGAAAAGAAGCCCAGGCAAGUUGAGGGGCAUGAAGUAGAGAAGCAUGCACAGACGAGCACAGGAGUCAGUGCCAGCCCUUCCCUGGCGGUUCUUGGGUACCUGAAUCUCUUCUCUGAUGGUGUGCAUAACUUUACGGAUGGAAUGGCUCUGGCAUCAGCUUUCAUGCAUCAUGGAUCCGUCGGUGGUUGGAGCCGCACACUUUUUAUACUUGCGCAUGAGCUUCCACAGGAGGUAGGAGAUUUUGGCAUUUUGCUGAGAGCAGGUUUCAGUGUGACGAAGGCGCUCACGCUCAACUUCCUGUCAGCGCUGCUGGCUAUGGCUGGGACUGCCGCGGGGAAUGACUUGAAGACCUCAAUGCUCCAGCUAACGGCAAUGGGAGCUGGAGUCGGCAUUGCGUUGGCAAUCUCUUUGUGGGAGUAAUUUCACGGUUUGUUUGUUUGUUGAUCAGAUUCACCUCUGGUGAUAUCUUUGUGGCAAUAAUUCCCCUCUGUGUGUCUUAUCCACAAAGGUGUGUGCUGGUCGGUUCACAACGUCGGAGAUCAUCACACACACACACACACACACACACACGCACACGCUCACCCGAAAACUGUGGGCAAUGUAUGUGUUCUUGUCUACCUGACGGUGUUGUCAAGGCUCAAUUUUAUUUAAGGUGUUGGUGUGCUGUCCGGCUGGUAGCUUGAAAGCACUCUGUGGUUGCAGAGUUACUGCGCUUCCUACUUUGUUUGGUGGCAGUUGGCCUCCAAAGUUACACCCAUGAGUUCAACUGAAAUCGCUGCGUAUGUGGGUUAAUGCAAUAUGACUCUACUACUCUAGUGUGUGUUUUGUUGAGUCUCACCACCUCGUGCGCUGGGGUCGCAAAAGAUCUGCGUUUCGUGCUUUGCUUGUUUGCUGUUGGCGUCCGAAGUCACACCCAUGAGUGCAACAACAAUGGCUCCGUAUGUGGGUUUAUACAGUAUCACUGUAAUGUGUGUGUUGUCGAGUAAUCUUGUCACAGGCACAGGCCUGUUGGUUGUGUGACGAUUUGACACUUGUUGGGGGCAUGAUUGUCUCACUCUCUUGUUGGGAACAUGAUUGUGACACACUCUUGUUGGGGUAUGAUUGUCACACACUCUUGUUGGGGGCAAGGUUGUCAACUUGUCACACGCUUGUUGGGGCAUGAUUGUCACACACUCUUGGUAGGGGCAUGAUUGUCACACUCCCUUGUUGGGGGCAGGACUGUCACACACUCUUGUUGGGGCCAUGAUUGUCACACACUUUGUACUGUGCUCAUCUAGCAUGUGGCUAUGUGACACUUGUUGGUGCUGUGAUGAUGUUCUACACUUCGUUGCGCAAGCGCUUGGCGUCACACGUUUAGUCAGUCGUCCAAUGACAUCCCAGGCUUGUCAGUUGUAUAUGCCUAAUUAGCAAAUGGAUGGGGCAUGAUGGUGUUGUCACACAAUUUCCUGCAUGGUUGUAUAAGGUCGCACGGUUAGUUGGCCUUUUUUGUUUUAGUUUUAUGUGUGUGAUAAUGUGAUUACAUCACAUCGCUAUGGUUAGUUGCUUGUUGACUACGUGACUCGUGUGUCACGGGUGUGCUGAAGUUGUGACAGCUGUUAUCUGAUGUGUGCAAACGGUAGUUGCUGCGUUGCUUGCUUUCAGACUUGCUCUUUGCCUGGAAGCAGUGCAUUUUUUGUGCCUUGCAAGGCUGGAAACCCUCUCAAGUAAGGCGUUGAUCGAUGCUACAAUCAAGGGUCACACUUGGAUCCAGAUGAUGCGCACAAAGGUCAGUUUUUGCUGUUCUGUCACAUACUCUCUCGUUGAGGCAACUUUGGAGUUUGCUUUCGGCUAGUUGGCCGGCAGCAGUCCAGUUGAUGCUCUGCUGCAAUAGAGGGUCACACUUGGGGGCAUGAAAGGAUUUUGUUGUUGUAAAUGGUUUCUUCUUCUGAUUUCCAAUUGUCUUCUGUGAGUAGACAGUGUUCCCUAUCUAUCUCAUCGAAGCGCUCACACCUGGACAGAGUACGGCAUUUUCUGCCCUUUUUUCUUCCACUUAAAGGCGGUACCCGCUACCUACUGUUAUUGUAUCCGUCAGGAUUUGAACUCGUGAUCUCUUGAUCUCAUGUGUGCACCAUUCAGUCACAAGGCAGGCAACGGUCGGAGUACUUAGUCUACUUCAUGAACGAAGCUCUCAUCCUUGUGCCAAACAGGUUGAGCCUACAAGCAUGAAACUAACCUAGAAAUACCUUGAAGUUCAGGGUUGAAUUAAAGCCACCAAUACUUCCGGGCAACUUAGUCUACUUCAAUACUUAAAGCCACCAAUA